GCGCGGCCCGCCGAGCCGCGCGAGGGCGCGGCCCCACGGCGCGCGCCCGCUGCCGCAAGCGGCGCAGCGCCGCCGCGGCCGGAGGGGCACGAGGGCCGCCCAGCCUGCGGCGCGGGCGGCGCGGUAGUGCUGCGGGGGCUGGACGUGGUGGCUGCCGAGGUGGACGCCCGCGUCCGGGGCCUCGAGGAGGGCUGGGAGCGCCAGCUCCGCGAGCUGGAAGAGAGGCUCCAGGGCGGGCUGCUUCGCGUGGGCCGGGCGGAGCACGCGAUCGGCUGUCACGGGCGCUCCCUCGAGGAGUCCGCCGCCACGCUGCAGGUCCACGCGGAGAGGCUCCAAAGCGCGGAGAACUCGCGCGAGUCGGCCCCGCCGUGGUACGCGCAGCUCGAGAGUGCCGUGGCGAGCCUCGAGCGCCGGGCCGAGGAGGGCCGCGCCGGCGCGGAGGUGGAGCAGCAGCGCCUGCGGCUCGCCCUCGAGUCCGUGCGCCGCCGCUCGGGAGAGGCGCUGCUCGGCCUCCGCGGCGAGAUGGAGGCGCGCCUGAAGGCGGAGCUCGGCCACCUCGCCGCGCGGCUGGAGGAGGGGAUGGCAGAGCUGAGCAGCACGGGCCCUGCGGGCAGGGGCGCGAGCUUGCCGCCAGCCUCCAGGCACGAGCUGGGAGGCCAUGAGCUGGGCCGGCGUCUGGACGACGCUGAGGCGCGGCUGGCUUCGCUGCGGGAGCGAGUGGAGGCGCAGGACGGCCGCUUGGCGGAGGUGACGGAGCGCUUGGAGAGGGCGCGCGUGGAACGUUUAAGGCACGAGGAGGCUGACCUGGAGGCGGAUUGCCGGCAGCAGCUCCUCCAGCAGCGCGUGGCCGCGCUGGACGGCUUUGGAGAGCAGCUGACGCGAUGUCCGCGGGACACUUCCGCACAGGUGGGCCGGCUGGAUAACGGCCUGGGCCGCUUGCAGGAGGGACCGCAGUACGCGGAGAAGGGGUGGGUUGAGAGGCAGCUUUUGGAGCUGAGGGCGCACCUGGACGACGGCUUGGGCCUUUUGCAGGAAGGGCAGUGCGCGGAGAGGACGUGGGCGGAGCAGCAGCUCUCGGAGCUGAGGUCGUCCCUGGAGGACGGCCUGGAGCGCCUGCGGGAGGGGCCGCAGGACGAGGGGCGGGCUUCGGCGAGAGCUGCUCUGAGGGCGUCGCUGGGCGACGGCCCCGACCGCCUGGGCCUCGGCCACCCGCAGCUGGGGCCGCACUUCGCGGAGAGGGCGUGGGCAGAGCAGCACAAGCUCUCGGAGCUGAAGGCGUCUCCGGAAGUCGGGCCGGGCCCCCUGCCGCAGGCCUCGGAGCUGGGGGAGUCCCUCGACCGCUGCGCAGAGCGCGCGGAGGAGCUCGCGAGCUGCGCCCUGAACGGAGGCGGUCAGGGCUGCCAGCGCCAGAUGCUUGAGCUCGAGGCCACCGUCGCCGACCAGGCCCAGCAGAUAGAGGCCCUCACAGAAACGUUCCUGGACGCCAUCGCCCGCGUGGAGAGGACGCUGCAGGGCGUCGCAGCGAAGGUGGAGGGCUGGGGAGGUCCGAGCGGGCCGCUGGAGGCCCUCACGGAGAGGGUGGCCUCCCUCCAGGACGCGCUGGGCCUCGUGCGGGCCACGGACGCGCUCGAGCGGCGCCUGCUCGAGCUCGAGGCCGCCCGCGCCGCGCCCGCGGCGGAGGCCCCCGGCCGCCCCGCGCCCCCCGCGGAGCGCGGCGCGGCGGCCGCGGGGGCCCCGCGGGGGGGCGCCGCGCGGGAGGCGUGCCGCGAC